CUUCGUAGAGACGGUCUGAUAUAUGUGACACAACUGUUGUAUCCAGGAAUCUCCUUCCACUGCUGCUGAUUUUGCUAGGUGCUCCCAGAAUGAAGAAGAUAUACAGGGACCCCCCUCCUGUGUGUGAGCUGGAGGCCCUUCUAGAAAACUAUACUGGUGCUACACAUCACGUGGACCAAGUCUUCCCAAACCUUUACCUGGGGGAUGCUGUCAUAGCAAGUGACAAAAACAAGUUAAAGAAGAUUGGCAUCACCCACAUCUUGAACGCAGCUCAUGCUUGCUGGGAAUGCACGGAAGACAGCAUAGAAUAUGGCCCCGAUAUCCAGUACUAUGGCAUCACUGCAGAAGACUGUCCAGAGUUUAACAUUAGUGUAUUUCUGCGACCAGGGGCAAAGUUUAUACAUCAAGCCCUAAAUACACCCAAUGGAAAAAUCCUGGUACACUGCGUUUUGGGUAAAAGCCGCUCAGCAACACUGGUCCUGGCCUACCUAAUGAUUUACCAAAACUUCUCCCUGGCAGAUGCCAUCCGUCAUGUUUCACAGUACCGUUGCAUUGCUCCGAACCGUGGAUUCCUGCAGCAAUUGCAGCAGCUGGAGAUGGAGUUGCACUAUACACUUUGGCGAUGCUACUUGCUUUAACAGGAGAAGCAAGGAUCCCUAACAAUUGCUCCAAGGAAAUAUAUGUAUAUAGAAAAGGUGUCAUAUUGAUAAGUGAAAAAACAGUGUAAUAUCUGUCUUAUAUGUGUGAAAAUGCUCAAACUCCAGUUUGUUUGUGAAUUAUAUAUUACAAUGUUUAAAUCACCCUAACUGUAAUAACUAAUAAAGUCAUGAGUACAUAUCCUCAUUAAUUUAAUUGCUACCUGCCCUCUGAGGUGGAACUAAUGCCAGUGCAGGGGGUACAGCCACCCAGAAGUGAGGACCAUUGCCAAUAGUG